AUGGGAUUUCCUGUAAAUUGCCGUAAUAUCGCUAUACCCAGAGUUCUGCUCUACUUGGCAUCAGCCAUGUUGUAUAUAAAGACUGGAUUUUGUUGCUUUCUUUCUGCUCUUGGCCUCAGCGAACCCCCAGAGGAUGAGAUCUAUUUGUGGCAAGAACUACAACAAAUUCCCUCUGACAUUUCUGCAUCUUCUUCAGGUGAGAUGAUUAAAAAUAUAUUGCCUAUCAUUACAUUUAGAAAUGUUGCAGACAAGUUUGCUAAGAUUUCUGAGGAUUUUGUGUGCGCGAUAUGCUUGAGAUCUUUUGAAGAAAAUGACGAAAUCCGAGAGCUUUACAAUUGCUGCCACAUAUUUCAUAGAAAUUGUUUGGAUAAAUGGAUUGAUAGCCAUCAGGAUACCUGCCCUUUCUGCAGAUGCCCUCUGCUUCCACCGAUUGAACGUGUUUAUAAAUGA